AUGUAACUCCAAUCCUCUGUGUACCUCAGUAUACCUGGAACGCGUCAGUUGUGAAUGUGUACCUUUGGUGGCAUUGGAGUGAAGCGUUGGUGCUGUAUGAAAAAGUAUUCCUAAUGCACGUUUUUAGUGUUUUAUUGUUAUCACUGAAUUUUUCACUGGAUUACAAGAAAAACGUUGAAAAAUUCUUUUGUGUUCUGUAAUGGAGAAAUUAAAGUGGAAAGAAAUGUAAGGGUCACUCGUGGAAUGAAAACAGUCGGAGAUCACCGGUAGUAAGGGGCGAAGUGGAAACGAUGCUGAGACGAUAUCACGGAAGUAGAGGUAGACUGAGGACAAACCGGUGGAGAUUUAAUCUUCAUGGGAAUGGCUCACAACGGGAGUGCUACGUUUAAAAAAACUGAAAGAAAUUCACGAAAAUUUGAAGGAGAUGAGUGAGUGAUAAAUGUGUUUCAAAAGACUGAAAAUUCAUCGAAAACGCAAAUGUAGAAUUCAGGGUAACAACAGAGAGGAAAAAAUAGUGAAAACAAUAUAAGGUAAUUUCGCUGGGGUGCAUUUAGCCCAGCGGAUACAAUAAAACGAAAAUCGUGGAAGGCCAUUCGCGAAAAACGGCGAGCCACUACGGGUAUCCAUAUCAAAAUUCUUGGGCGUGCAGCAACGGUCCGGCUAGUAUAUACGACUGCCCAACGAGCCCCGUAGUUCGUAUACCUCAACUCGAUGAGGACUACCGGCCCAUCUACUUUUACGUAGCUCAACCUUACACGAUCCCAUAUACUUUCGCAAAGAGGCCAAAGCAAUCGUCAUUACAGAAACCGGGUAAACAGCGUGGCAAUUAUCGUGUCAAAUUUUCGAAAAAAUUAAGUAGCGCGGAAUUUUCACAGAAAGUCAAGCAGGGGGAAUUCUCCAAGAGUCUGAAUCAGGUGCAAUUCGUUGAGGAUCCAGUACCAGAAAUCACGAGUUUUACAAAAUUCGAUCAACAUCCACGUGAUCCCACGAUGACGUCGAUGUUCCGUCGUGGUACAAUUUUCGCAACAUUCUUCCUGUCACUACUGGGUGGUGGUCUCGUGUGUGCAGCAUUAGUGACGCAGCACUGGAUUGACGCGAGACCCUGGAGAACACCAAAUCCCCAAGAGAGUGCUGGCCGAGUACACUUCGGUCUCUUGAUGGGAAAGAAAGAACUGAAUGUCGCAUACGGAUGGCGAACUUAUCAUAUAUCCGUUCCGCAGAUGAUCAAACUAGAUCCAUCAGUGAUGCACUGGGGUCUCUGGAUUUCUACCCUAGUCACGACGUCUUUUGCAUUGAUUGCCGCAGCCCUGUCGGCACUUUUAGCAGUAUUAAAUACCGCAACAACACCGAGAACUAAAAUUCUCUCCGUUCCCGGGGUUUAUUUAAUGAAUAUUUUGACACUUCUUCUUUGUGUGGCCAGCACCGCUACUUGGCUAGCCCAGUAUUAUGUAAAAUUAUACACAAAUGUUCUGCCAAAAGAAGACAUCAACAAUAUGUGGACCAGUGAAGGAUCUGCAGAACUCGGGUAUUCAUUUUGGCUCAUCGUGAGCGCUGGGGUUGUUCACCUCAUCAGCAUAGCAUUAGUCGGCUGGGGAUCAGGGAGAGCCAAAGACGAUCGUCUCGAACCUAUUCCUGCUCUUGAGGAGAAAACUGCUGCUGCCAUAAUGCUUUAUUAGACCACAAUUUAUUAUCAAAAUUAUCAAAAUUUUGCCAUUCAAGGACGAUUUCCAUUUUAAUCGCAGUGAUUCCGUCUGGAAAUCCCACAAACACGAUUGCCAAGUUGAAUUAAGCAUCAAAUGAUGCUAUUUAUGCCUAACGAUAUAUGUACAACUCUUUUCAUUAGAAUAAUUUAGUCAUGAAUUGACUUUUUCAAUGAUGAAUUGUUUGCCGCAAGUUGUAUGUGAUUAUCCCAAUUUUCUCUCUGGUAACUGCAUUCUUCCAUUCGUAUCGAGUAAAUACUUAUAUGAUACAUAAAGUGUGCGAAUCUGCUGUGCUUAGAUGAUGAAAUAAUGCUUUUGUGAAAACCUAUGUAAGACCGUGUAAAUAGAAAGUCCAAUGUGAGACAAUCAUUAUCACGUUCAGUAGAAUAAUUAAAUUAUUACGUAAAUGUUAGGAUUAUUUUUGGAGCUGUAUUUUUAUCUGAUAAUAAAAUAA